CAGCUCUAAAAAUAAUUUUAUUGUUAUUCUGUUUUUAGAUCCAGAUCUAUGUUUUAUAUGCAUCCUCUAACACACAGAAUCAGAAGAACCAUUCUUGUUAACCCUACAAUGUUUUCGCUAACCUUAGUGAAUAGGUUAAAUAAUAUACUAUGAAAGCCAUUAGACAUUAAUGCAUUAUUAUGGCUACCUCAGGUCCAGAAAGUUCCCAGUGGCUUUCAGUUACCGAGGGAACGUUAUUUUUACAUGAUGGACUUCUGAGAGUGACUGAUUUGGUGGAACUUCCCAAAAAUGUAGAGUGCUGCGGCUCUCGGGAAAACGAAGUUGUCACCUUUGACUCUAAAGACCCAGAGGAAUUGAGUGCCAAGCUUCUCGAAAUAUGUGGCACCAGAAACAAUGCAUUCAAUACACUUCUAGAAUAUCGGCUAAAUGCAUUAAAAGGUCUAUGGAAAGCACAAAAGCUUUAUUUUCAAGAAGAUCCAGGGGAAAGAGAUUCAGCUAGUCAAGAUGAAGCUAUUGCAAUUUUGAAAAAGCAAGGUUUACUUAAAGAUUCUGAUCAGGCCUCAUUUUCUACCCGCAUAAGUCUUCUGCUAAUAUUACCAUUAUUGCAAUCUCAAAGUAAUACCGAUCCUGAUCUUUGUGGUGUUACUUCAGGUGUAAUUCUUACUUGUUUGCGUGAUUGCCCCCCUCUAAGUUUAGCUAAGGAACCAAGUGAUUGUUUAAAUGGAUUAGAAUCAUUGUUAUGUGGAUGGUUAGGAGAAAAAUCUCUCAACACUCCUGCUGUGCAUAUUGUGAAAGAAAAAAAGCAUCAAGAAAAUGCAGCGUCAGCUUUGGUCGCCCUGGCAUGUGCAAGGGGCCAUGUUAAAACUUUGAUCCACACUGUCCACCUGCUCCAGCAACUUUCCACUCUUCCACCGCUGCCAGUGGCAGACAUCCUGGCAGCACUGCUUGAGUGUGAGGGUGGCCAAGGACAGAUCACAUCAUUUCUUGGCUCCAAAUAUAUUGUUAGCUGGGGCCUAGAUGACCUGCUUGGACCAACAAAUGCUGACACUGUAGCUUCAGAAUCUAAAGAGUCGAAUGACAAAGAUAAAGAUAAAGAACAAGAUCUUGGUCGAAGUAUCACAACAGAUGGAUGUUACCUUUAUACAACAAACAGUUUUGGUAAAGGGAUAGCAAAAGUUGGAACAGGCUUGCAGGGAACACUAAGGGGCUUCAUUUACAACAAGAACACAGAGCCUGGCCCAGGGCGUCUAGCCUUUGGUUCUGGCUUACUAUUGUUUCGGCCUCAAAAAUUUGACGCAGAAUCAGAAGUUGACAAUUUGAUCCAGAUAUAUGACAGGGACAAACUAGAAGCAUUAAAAGUUGUGAGCAAGCCAUCCGUAUUUGUCCAGCCCGGUCCAUGCACAACUGUUGGCUUCUGCAGUGAUGGGGUCUAUUUCUAUUGGAUGUGGUGCCCAACUCUUUUGCAAGAUAAAAGCACAAAAAAUGUCAAUGUCAAUCUAAGUGCAUUCUAUAUGGAGAAAGAAGCUGAGGCCACAGCACUGAGACCUAGCGUGACACUACAAAAGAAGGAGGAGGCAGUGAGUAGAAAUAUGAACGAGGCCAUCUUAAACAGGCUGAGACCCUUGCGGGGGUCCAACAGUGCCGCGACCCUUAUGGCUCUGACAGGGGGUGAAGCUCUGGUGCCAACAAGGAAAGAAGAUGCUCCCAGUGCAGGGAGCACAAGCUGUGGUGUGCAGCUGAAGACCCUGGCUAAAACACCCCUGUACUGUGAUGGCAACCAUGUUGUCCUGCUGACUGUGCCCCCAGGGGCAGCCCCAGGGGGUGCGGGCAGGUCACUCUUUGGAGGGGGUCCUAUUUCCAGUAUCAGAUCUUUGGCCAGUAACAUGUGCUUCAAUGUAAAAACUGGAUUCUUUAGUGCACGAAUGGAUUUAAUGGAAGCUAGUUCUAGUUCUGUAGGCAGGGGCACACCGCUCACACUUUUAGGUGCCUGUUUUGAUAUUGUAAACAACAUGCUUUGGAUGUCCAGUGGAGAGUAUGUAGACCAGUUUUUUAACCCUGGGAACUUGCCACCCCACCACGUGUACUCCAGGCUGGGGAUCCAAGAUACAUCACCUCCCUUCAAUCUCACUGACAAGCACCAGCUUCCUGUGAAGGUUGUGGUCAACACACUGCUGCACAAUGUGGGCAGCAUGUGCCUGCACCAGAUGACUGUGGACAGCCCGCCUUCUUCUCAGCCAGAACAAACUGUUGACCUAAGUCACCUGACGCGAGUCACAGACAUACUUGCCAGGGCAGUUCUAGACAAGGAUGAGCAGGCAGUUCUGUGUUGCCUGGUUGUCCUGCAGCUCAUUUUUAAAACAAGUACAGCAGUGAGUGGAGACCAACCCACCAGUGAACAAAUGAAAGUUACCAGAUCUUUGAUCUGGAAACUUUUGAGCACUUCCUGCUUACCUGAAGGCCAACUGGAUUUGUCCAUGAAAAGAGAAGCUUGUCAUGUGAUCACUAUAGGGCUGAGGUCUCUGUACCCCAGCACUGAAGACAGACACAUCUUGCUGUAUCAGCUGCUGACAUCAGGUGAUGAGAGCCCAGCCUUAAGACAGCUGAGGGAUAUGAUACUGACAGAGUUUUCACUACAACUCAACUCCCUCCAGCCAUCAGCUAAAGAAGAAGAAGUUUUACAGCUGUCUGAUGAUCUGGUCUGGUACAUCCUGAAACUGGCUGUCAAAGAAUCCUGCACAUUGCUCAACCACGCUCGCUCCUGGUCCAAACUGAACUUCCAGAAAACUAUUUCAAACAUGCCAUUGGCCUCCCCUGCUGUCUUGUACCUCUCAGCCCUGCGCUCCUACUACCUGAGGUCUGCUGUACUGUAUGACACAUCCCACACCACCAGCUCUGGAGACUUGCUACCACUAGAGGCCAUUCAAGCCAAAGUGUUGGCUCUGUCCUCCAAGCUGAUCACUGGGGCCUGCGAGGUGCUGGAGAGUUUCCUGGACACCUGCAACAUUGUGCUGGCGGCCUCACAGACAGAGGAGCUGGAGGCCUGGCUGGCUGGCCUGGAGAGGCUGGCCAAAAGUACCAUCCUGGGCUCUCUCAUGCCUGUCCUCAUCACUGCCCUCACCCACCCCAACCUGCAGUCUCUCAGUCUGGCGGGUGCCCUCAUGCCCUCGCUGGUCACCCUCAGCCUCUUGGCCAGUCAAGCUGCCUUAAAGAUGAAAAGCCAAGAACUGGCAGCAAGUGCAUCUCUGACAGCAAACAGUGACCUUGACCUAGACUCUGAUAAAGAAAUGGCAGAGUUUAUUGGAGAAGCCCUACACAGAGAUGAUGCUGGCAUGAGCAUGGAGGAAGAAGAAGGUUUCCUGACUGGCCUCAAGAUCCCCACACCCUGGGCCUCGGGUAAGACAGUGGAGACCAUCCACCCAGUCAGGGACAACUACAAAUUCAAGGAAACUAUUCACAUCCCUGGGGCACGCUGCUUAUAUCUCAGAUUUGACAGCAGAUGUUCAUCUCAGUAUGAUUACGAUAAGGUAGUGGUCUAUGCUGGUGCUGGCAUCAAUGGCAAGAAGGUUGUGGAAUACGGUGGAAACUCUUUUGGUUACGGCAGUCGUAGUGUACUGGGUAGUGGUUGGCCCAAAGAUUUGGUUAAGGUAGAUGGAGACACUGUCACAUUGACUUUUGAAAUGCGCAGCGGACGGGAACAUAACACACCUGACAAGGCCAUGUGGGGAUUUGCUUGUACAAUUAGAGCACAGGAAUCAGCGGAGGAAGUGACCCCAGGACUCCCCUUCUUGUCUGACCUGGCUCUAGGGCUGUCAGUCCUGUUGUGCACCCAGUUGGCCCAGUUGUACCACGGCUCCCCCGCCAGUCAGGACGAGGCAGAUUGUCAGCACCUCCUCAAGUCCAGGAUAUUGCAGAGAUGUAUCUGGAAGACUGAAAGAUGUGCUGAUGGUGUUGAGAGAUCUUCUGAAGCCUCAAGUGCUGCCCUGGCCUCCCCUCCCAGAGCUGAUGAGCCGGAGCUGUCUGGGGCCCUGAUGAGUGCCCGCCUGCCCCGCAUCAAGCUCUCCUCAGACAUCAUGGACAGGCUGAGGAGGCUCAUCAAACGCCAGCCUGUCAGACUCAGGGCCUCAAUCAAAUCAGCCAUUGAGAUGGAGGUUGUUGAAGAGAGUAUCAUAUCAGCUGUGGCCAAGCACCUGGGUUUGACCGAUUCACUGCGAGACUUGAGAACUGUUGUAGACAAACAAGGGGAUGAGCUUGCUGCCCUCAUGGCCAUUUUAGAAGAAACCUAUAGAAGAUUUGAAGUUUUGAUUCGACAACUUCAGCUGAUGGGUGAGCUGGAGAAACGCUGGGAGACGGAGGUUGAAGAGAGAGCUCUAGGUCCGGGCUCCAAGUGUGUCGGCCUUGAGGAAUUGACUGUCUCAAGUCCGUCAAAUGAUCCACCUUUUUUCCAUGAUUAUCACUUGCAAGAGAUUCGUUACAAAGAGCUGACCAUAUUGUCUUUCCUAAAAGAGGUUGCCAUGGAAACCAAUGACAUGGAAGCCACGAUAAAAAAUUUGCUUGAAAAGUUUGCAUCAGACGUUGAGGCAACCCGAGGGUGCCAGAAAAAAGAAAGCUUGCCUAAAACCAAGCAGGUGGUGUCCGGCAUUCUCUCUCGUCUGGAGCUUCUGCUGCAUGUCAACAGUGUGCCAGUGGACGCCCAGUCAGCCCUGACCCGCACAAUGUCACACACCCAGGGAUUUAGUGAAGACCUGAUGGUCAAAUCUGACACAGAUGUGUGUCGCCCACUGCAAGGCUUUAGUCGCAGCAUGUCAGCCCCCAUUUGUAUUGACCCUGAUGACACGGGUCUAUUCAAACACAUCAGGAGAAGACACGGGGACAAAGGCAGACAUCCAAGCUCUAUCCUGCAGGACUUUGUUGAUGACGGAGAGGAAGACAAGCCUCCCCAUGUCAUUGUCAUAGACCAGCUGUUUGCCUUCAUUGGGACUGACCCAGAGAAAGCUGUAUCCUGCAUCAAGUUUCUAAAAGCUGCUGAAGAAAGACGCAAACGCGGCACCAUCCGCAAAGCUGCAUUGUCCCACAUCAAAGAUCUCUUGGCUGCUGCGUCGCGUGUAGGUGGUGCUACACACCUUGUGGCUGCUGUUGCUUCAGUCCUAAGACAUGGGCCCAAGGUGGAGGACUUGCUGUGUGGGGGAAUGCAGAAUGAAGUCAGGGAUGCUUUUGCUGAGGCCAUGAGCUGUGUGGUCCAGUUGGCAGCCCACCACCCACUGGCCAGUGCCAGCAGUAUAGGCUUGUUGUGUACCAUACCCUACACCAGGGCUGAAGAGAAAUGUCUGGUGCGAUCUCACCUGGUGUACCUGCUGGACAAGCUCUGCAGCCUGGGGAGCCACAGGGCCGACGGACUGGGUGGGGAGACCCAGAGCCCACGCCAGAAGGUCUCUGCCCUGGCAUGGGCUGGGUUUCAGGUGCUGGCCUCACGCUGUGUCAAGUGGGAAAAUGAGGAUGGUUCCCAUGUUGAAGAGCUUGAGCACUCAGGACUGGCCAAACAAGUCUCCACCUUGCUGACCAAUCACCUGGCUCGAGCUACAGAAGGCAUCGGACAUGCCAUGGCUGGCACUGAGGCAUUGCAGGAGGUGCUCAGUCUGCUCAACAACUUGUCCAGAAGUAAAAUGGGAAAAGCCAUCUUAAGCCAGCCAGCCUGUGUGUCAAAGUUGUUGUCACUUUUACUUGAUCAAAGACCCUCCCCCAAGCUGGUGCUGAUCAUCCUGCAGCUGUGCCGUGUCUCCCUACCCCUGAUGGACUGUGAGGACUGUAAGGAGGUUGAGCUGCCAGCCUGGGGACAGCAACUUUACUCCAGCCACUGGAGCACAGCCAAACCUGUCUCUGACCCUCCGGCCAAAAUUAUUUGUUUGCUCCUGGCCAAGUUGGGUGACUUCCUUGUGCCAGGAGACCAGGUGCUGCUGUCCAGCAGAUCUCCCUCACAGGACGCCUCCACCCCUGGCAGAAGUGCCAAGCCUGGUGACAUUGACAAACCUGAUGACACUGACCUACAACGAGGCAAGCUGUCAGUCUUUGUACACAAAAGGGAAGAUCAAAUGUCACAUGACAUCAUUCAACCUUUGCUCAGUUGUGACAAUCGACCAUUUCGCCUGGUAGGCAAUACAAGCAUGGAUAAAGUCAUGCGCCUGGACCGGGAAAUUGCUAAAAAUGGAAAGGCUGAACUGACCACUGAAGAUGCUGUCAAUGCCUUUAAGAAAGCUUACAAGUGGGCCCAAAUGGGACUGGUCAUCUCGACUGCCCCCCCAGCUGAUGGCAACAGCUCUGAGAACAACAACGGCUCGGACAAGAAGAAGACACUCUCUGAGCUCAUCUGCAAGGAGAAAAACUCUGAGUUGGCCAGAUGUGACCCAGUCAGAGCAUUCAUCAGUGGUCAUGUGGCCAAUGCCAUGGCAGCGGAGGUGAUUGCCCUGCUCCAGAACUUGCUGUCUACGCAGACCAACUCCCCCGCCAACAAUACGUGGUCCCAGGCUGUACAGAGGGUGUUGGCUAAUGCUCUCUCUGGUUUACCUGUGCUGCUGGGCUCCCUGGAUGGGCUGUCUAGCCCCCGCUCCCCCCGCAGUCAGUCCAACAACCAACUCAUGUCCCUAGCCAAGCAGGCCAACGCCGCUCUCUGUGCCAUUGGUGGAUUCCAGGAAACAUUGAAGCCUGGCUGUCAGGUCAAGAUUACAGGUGAAGGCGUUCGGGGAACCAGUGGAACAGUGGUCAGUGUGUCUGAGCAGAAUGAUGUGGUCACGAUCCAACUGAACUCUCAACUAGAGGACAGCCCCACUUACAGUGAUACAAUCAAAGUGCCGCUUGCAAGAGUUCAACCAAUCAGGAAUGAGAUGUUCAACAGGCUCCAGAAGGAAAUGACGGAGGCCAUCUUGUCAGCAGUGCAGGCGGCCAUCUUACCAGCGGAUGAAUCUACCUCACCACUGACGCAGCCGCUCCACUCGGCAGGGGAUGGAAACUCAAUGGCCAAUCAGAUUUGUCGUGUGGUGGCUGAGAUUAGAACCCGCACCGCCAUGGUGUUGGCCCAGGGCCUGCAGGAGAUUGAGUUUGCCAAGAAGUUUAUUGAGCACUGCGGCUUAUCCAUAGACAUGCUCAAAUCAUUGGCUAAAGAUUGUCACGCAGGCAGCAGACUCCCACUGGUGGAGGCCCACUGCCAGAGGCUGAGGAUGUUGUACAGAGAUUGUGCCAAGCCUCCACCUCCACCUUGCCGUGCUGACAUCAGGCCGUCCAAAGAGAUGGUAUGGGAUGUGUCCCGCCCCUUCCCCCCCACGCGAGCUUGCCUCUUCUCUCAGGGUAUGACAGCAGUGAUGUUCCUGGGUGACCCUAGCGCUGGUGUUGGUCUGCCUCGGGGUACCAUCAUCUAUGCCAAUCAGCCCAUACCAAAAGAGGCCCCAUCCUUUUACUGGGAACUAGAGAUCUCAUCCUUAGGGGACCUGCAGGAAGACAGUGGUGCUAUUGUAUCUUUUGGCUUUGCACCUCCUGCUGAGAAAAAAGAUGCUGCUUGGACAAAUCCUGUGGGCACUUGUCUCUUUCUCAACACAGGGAAGGCUGUCCAUUAUAACGGAGCCAGUCUGCUACAGUGGAGAAGUGUUAGACUGGAUGUGACACUUAGUGCUGGUGACGUGGCUGGCAUUGGCUGGGAGAGGAUGGGGGAUGCUACAGACAGCACUCAGACACCUAAAGGUCAAGUCUACUUCACCUACAAUGGACAUAGACUGAGCUCCUCUCUAGACAACGUAUCAGGGGCCAUGUACCCUGUGGUACACAUACAAAAAAAGAACUGCCGCAUGAAAGCCAACUUUGGAGCCAGACCCUUUGCCUAUGCAGAAGGCCAACAGCACAGAGAGGCAGCAGAGGCCGCCAAUGAUGUCCUGAGAGACAUCAGAGAGUCUUUUGGCCACCUGCCCUUCCACACGGCCUCAGACAGUGAGAGUGACAGCACUGAACCAGCGCAGGCCAGCGUCCUGGAGGCCACCAGAGACAGCAAAACCCCACCCAGGGCCCCCUGUAAGGUGGCAGAGCCCCCCGCCACACUCAAAGAAUAUCAAGUGGAUGCCAGUCUGAGCUACAAGUUGCUGCCUAGCUACGACAACUUUGUGGUGACAGGACCUGACACCAUGACUGUCAGGCCCAGUGAAGAAGAUUCUGAGGAUGAGGCCGUGGUUGAUGAGUCAGUGACAGAGGACCACUACGCUCUGCUGGUCAAGGCCUGGGAACAAAAGGUCUUCCCUGUCAUCAGGAGAAGGUUCAGGAAUGAGGCGGAGAGGAAGGAUGGUCUAGAGCAGAUUCGUGGAGCACUGCAGUUAGGUAUGACAGACAUUGCAAGGCAGACAGUGGAGUUUCUAUAUGAGGAAAAUGGUGGGAUCCCUCGUGACCUUCAACUUCCUACAAUUGAGGACAUUAAAGAAGACCUGGCCAAGUUCACCAUUGACCGUGUCAAGAAGGGCACCACUGUCAUCAUCCGGACACCCACGGGCAUCAGCAGCUAUGCCACAACUCAGCUGCCCAAAUUUGCUGUUAGAAGCAUGCUCAAGACUUUUGGUCUCACUGGCACUGUCCUGGAUGUUGAUACAGCCAAUGAACUGGUGCAAGUUGAAACGUACUUACGGAGUGAAGGUGUACUUGUACGCUUCUGGUACCCUUUGGUCUUGCUGGAGAAACCUGCACAAGGCAUGAGGAAGGCUUCCAUCACAGGGGGACAAACCAUGGACACAUCAAACAUCUUCAUUCACAGGGAGCUUCUGUUGAGUGAAUCCUCCUUGUCCCGCAUGUACUUGCGCACCGCCUUCCUGCGGCUGACAGAUCACUGUAACUCUCCUGCCAUGGAGGUAACUUCCUGCUCGGCUAGCUUGGGCUCUGGCAUGGCUGCUUGUGCUGCAACUUUACAGGAGUUGGACCUAGAGAACAUUCAGCUCCUCUCUGAGCACCUGCUGUCGGCCCCCUCCACCACCGGCACCCUGGAGGCGACCUCGCCCUUCCAGAUCUGUCAGCUGUCCCAGCUGUCACUGGAGCCCCAAGUCUCCCUCACCAGCCUCGUCUACCGCAACUCCCUGCGCCUCAAGAGGGAGCUGGCUGUGGCCAUAGCCCGGGCCUCUAACCAGGGGGAGGAUUACCUCAUAGAGCUGACCAAUCAGCUGUGUACAAGUGUACAGACAGCACCUGAGAUGUUUCCCUGUGUGAGUUACCCAGUGAAUGAGACCAAGAUCAGCACAGACGUCCACUUCCCUGGCGCCGCGUGUCUUCUAGUCUCCUGCAUCAAGACCUCUGAGCCAGGCAACAAGGAGAACCCACCCUACAGGGCGCCCUGGGCCAGGAUCAGCACAUACACAGGGAAACGUAUCAAAAAAUGUGGUCAGGUGACCAGACAGGAAGUGGUGUCCUACCCCAGAGACGUCCAUAACCAAAGUAGCACACAUGAGCAGUUUGCCCCCGCCAUUAUCCCCGGGGAUCUGGUGUAUGUGAAGAUUGGUGUGUCCCCAGCCCCUGGUGCCAUUGUCACGCUGCACGCCCUGCCGGCCCAGUUUCUCUUGGCUGUGGCCUACAUGGAGACACUGGUCACAGAAACAUUUGGCUGCGGCUCCCAGGCCUGUGGGGCCAAGACCAGCAGUGGCCAGAGGGAGCUGAGUGGCUCGACCGGCUCCUGCGGCUCCUCCAGCUCCCUGAACACUUCCCUGUGUGAGACCAACCCCAGCCUGUGGAGCCUGGACAACAUCAACAUCACCCCCUCAGUCUUCCUGCAUGUGCUGGAGUUUGAGUGUGGCUUCCUGUGGAAGACUGAGCUCCCUGGGCUGGUCAAGGAGUACAUGUUCCAUCUGCUGGCCCAGACCCUCAGGAUACUGCACUACAGCGAGGGCUCCCAGGGCAGUCGGCUGACCAAACUGAGCACUCGUCUGAGCCCAACACAGGGCAUGCUCAACUACCUGCCCAGAGAGCUGAAGAAGCUCUACGACCUGGAGGCCAAGACCAUGCCAGCCAUGAGCAGCGUGGCCGGCCAGGGCAUUGGACUGGGGGUGACUGACACUGGGCGCUGGUCCACCUACAUGCACGCCCUGAUGGAAGCUUGUCUGGCCAUCUCUGAGGUCAUCCCGUGUCAGCUCCACCAGGCCAAGGAUGUCUCAGAAAACCUCCAGGAGGAGGGCGCAGCAGGAACUAGCACCCUGAUGCUUGCGGCUGGCAGCAAGAAGAAAAAACUCAAGCCUAAAAAAGAUGGGCUGCCUGCAUCCACACGAAGGUCCAGCAUAGAACAGAAGGGCGGGGCAGAGAACUGGGAGGUUGUAGAGCCCAGCUCCGUACAUGUGUCCCAGUCACUGGAGACAACUGUAACCCCAGCUGUUGUCAGCUCACCGCCCACCAAAGCCUCCAGCAACUCCAGCAUCUGUAGCCUGUCUGCCACAUCCUCCAUCAAGGUGGAUGACAUGACCUGGUUCCCUGCAGUGGCCACUACUGCCAGGAUCUUGCGCUAUCUGGUGCUGAAGGAAGCUCACUGUCAGGAAGACAUGGACGAAGCCAUCAAGGCCAGUGGCCAGACACUGGGCUCACCCACGGCCCACACCCGCCUGCUCAUCAUCACAGGCAUCCCCACAUACCUGGAGCUGGCCACGGUCAAGAAGGCCGUCUCUAAAGUCUGCAACAGCUACGGCGGCCUGGACAGGGAUGGGCUGUUUGUCCCCACCCCCCAGGAUGUCACCCAUGUGCACGGCGUUGCCUCUCUGAGUGCUGCUGAGGCCAGUGAUGUUCACACAGAGCUAGAGAGCAAAUCUGAAUCUUCCCUGGCCCAACCCAGCCCUGCACCCCAGGCUCCCCCGGCGCCAGAGUUGAAGAAGAAAAGUAAACUGAUUGAAGGCUACGCUGUCAUCUGCCUGCCCUCCAAGACUAAAGUUGAGCUGGUGAAAAAAUCUUUCCUCAAGUCCAGGUGGCUCAACCUGGGGGAGGCAGGUGAGGUCCCGGAUGAAAACCUCAGUGUCCAGACGGUCAGCCAGGCCCUGCUGACUGAGCCAGAGGCCAACACGGCCCUUGAGAGCUUCCUGCUGUACAAGCUGUCUGGCAAGAUGGGGAGCCAUGCCCUGGGCCCAGCAGCCAUCCAGGCCCUGACUGAGAUCUUCUACGGCAGCUACCUGCUGGACCAGCAACAGGAGACAAUCUGCUUGUGUAAGGAACAAAUCCUCAGCCCUGCCAGUCUGCUGGCGCCAUUCUUCAAUGCUGUCAAACCCUGCAAGAAACCUUUGCUGGAAGCUGUCACAGGCAUCUUGCGCCAGUAUGGUGUCAUCAAGUCCAGAGACAAGGACACGUCUCCAGUGGCUACAGAAAAGAGCAGUAAAGGAAAGACAAGCAAGAAGCCAGUUGUCAAAUCCCAGAAGGAAAAACAAGCCAUUAGCCUGGAGGAGAAAGGGAAUGAAGAAAAGUCCCAGUCCACUGAUAGAGAAAAAUGCAGUCCAGCCAUGGAGAAAUGUGAGAAAUCUCCCAAAGACAAGGAAGGCGCCACAGCUGAUGUGGCACUCAAAGAAUCCAAGAGCUUGAGCAAGUGUGAGGGCCGUCUGCUGACACUGAGUGGCUUCCUGCAGUACUGUGAGGACUUGCUCAAGCAAGACCUCAGGACACUGUGGAAGGGACUUUUUGCAUCUGGGCUCGACCUUCACCUUGAAAGAUGUUCCUGUCUAGACCAGACUGCAGCGAGCCAGCUGAUGAGUGAGUGGACGUUAGAAAAAGAUGCAGCUCUGGUGAUGUACGUCAAUGAGGUCUGCUCCCAGCUGGCUAUAUCAUCUGCACGACUUCACCCGCACGAAGUCAGAUUGACUGAAGCUCAUCUCACUAAUGAAAAAUACUCAUGUCUGCAAGGUCUGCCUGUGGAGAGUGUGCGUUUGAGAUUUGCUUUCCUCCAAGAUUUGAACAACUCCCUGGAGACGUGUUUCCUCCCUCUGGUAGAUCUGAGGGCAGCCAACAUAUACAGUCGCAGUACGGCUUACGUCUUGGCCCAGCUGAGAUCCAUCAUCUUCUAUGAUACUAAAGUCAGUUUUAUCAACAGAAUUCUCAACGCCUCAGCCAAGCGCAAGCCUGACCAGGCUGCACCUGAGAUCACACUUAACCCAAUAGAGGCCAUUGGCACAGGUGAGAGCAAUUGUCAAUCAUCCAUCCUGUGCCAGUCGUACUGUCAGCUGAGUGCCAUCAGCUCCAAGAAGUUGUGUGUCCGACUGGCCAGUGGGGGAGACCCAACCUACUCGUUUAAUGUCAGGAUGCUUGGGGAGGAGGUCCAUGGAACAAGUGGAUCAUUCCGCCACUUCUUGUGGCAAGUGGCGCGGGAGCUCCAGUCCCCCACCCUGUCCCUCUUACUGCCUUGUCCCAGUUCUGCUGCUGGCUUCAACAAAGGGAGGCUAAUCCUAAAGCCUGGCAAGAUGAGUUACUCUGAAGAAAACUUGUUAAUUUUUGUGGGCCAGCUGCUUGGAAUUACCAUAAGAGCUGACAUUCCUCUUGGCCUUGACCUCCUGUACAGUGUCUGGAAACUUUUAGUUGGGUUGACCCUUGACCCCUCUGUUGACUUACAGCAAGCAGAUGCCCUGACAUACAAGUACAUGAAAAAAAUUGAAAUGGCUGAAACAGAGGCUGAACUUGAGAGUGUGUGUGGAGAUGGGGAAGCAAGGUUUGUCUACACAACCCUCACUGGACAUGAUGUGGAACUCUUGCCUGCAGGGAGAUCAGUUUAUGUCAACUGGCAUAACCGCCAGACAUUCCUGGAGGCCAUCAAGAGACUGAGACUGAGGGAACUGUCCAGCAGCCACAGGGUGGCAGCCAUCAUCACUGGACUCUCAAGUCUCCUCCCAUACCAGGUCAUGACACUCAUGACACCACUUGACCUGGAAAUUAGGACCAGUGGACGCCCGCACAUAAGUCUGGACUUUCUUAAGUCCCACACCAUGUAUCAAGUUGGACUGGUGGAGUCUGACUCACACAUUGAAUACUUCUGGACGGCCCUCGAGUCCUUUAGCCAGGAAGAGUUGACGAGGUUCAUCAAGUUUGCCUGUAACCAGGAGCGUGUGCCCCACACCUGCCCAUGCCAGGAGGGUGGACCAGACUCAGCCCAUGUCCCACCAUUCCCCAUGAAGAUUGCUCCACCAGAUGGCACAGGUCCCCCAGAUGGGCGCUACAUUAGAGUGGAGACGUGUAUGUUUAUUGUCAAGCUGCCUCAGUACAGCAGCCAGGAGAUGAUGACCCAGAGACUGCGCUAUGCCAUCAACUGCAGGGAGGACCCACUCAGUGGCUGACCCAAGUCUGAUGAUUGGCUCUUUACUUUCUGAUAUCCAAUCCAUGAUGUGCUUCACAUUUUUCUCAUUAAAUGUUCAAUCUUACUCAA